AUGGCAGACCAAUUAGCCAUCAACCAGCUCCGUGAGAUGGGUAUACCCCGAGCCAGAGCCAAAGCAGCGUUGCUCAAGAGCAAAGGGGAUGCCAUGUCUGCUGCUGAGAAGGUGUUCGCCGGUGAUUUUGACGAUAUACCCUCGGAUGACGAUGACACGUCAUCUCAUGACAAUGAUGCUAUCAGCAGUGUCAAUGACCAAGGAGACGCCGAGAGCUACUAUGAACAAGACAUGGAGAUGGAGGAUUUUGACGAACUCACAGAGGACGGAGAUGGUACGCAUGGGACGGCCGACCCUUAUGCCAACGUGUUCUUCUCCAAAGAUAGAACCGAGGUGAUCAGGGAGAGUAAAGAAGAGACUCGCCGUGUGACUAUGCCACCAGCAAAACUUCCAAUUUUGUCAAGAGGAGAGUGGAUGAGUGGUUGUCCUGAAGGGUCAGAACAGAGCUUCCUCUUUCAAUUAUACCACGGUCUGCAAGAACCAGUCGUGACCUGCGCGAGUUGCAAACAACAUUCGUUCACACGUUCCGGAGAUGACUUCUUUGCGUGCUUUCCCGACUUCGAAGAGUACAUCAUGCAUGUUGCGGGCUGGGUCCAGCAAACGUGUCCUAAAUGCAGCGUCACAACCUGCUUGGCAUGUGGGGAGAAAGUCGAUAUCCCCCGUCACCACGACCCCAGAUCCAAGACAUUGUUGCGAACAGACAACAUCGAGCGCGAUGAGCUGCUUCACUGCCCUGACUUGCAGGGUGUCGUCAUUGGCAUGGGAUUACACACGAUACAAAAGCAAUUUGCUGAAAAUCGGCGGACACAUACGAGUCCUCAAUCCAGCAUAACGUCCUACCUUCAUGCCUCACAAUCGAACUCCCUCUUCGGCCAACCCUCACCAAUCCCGGACGAUCUUGAUGAGGAUGAGGAUGAUUACGGCUUUGCUUCGAAAGGGCCGGUCGCUUCCGGAGGUGUUGGGUAUGGUGGGACUCAUCGGGAAGACCGUUCGGGACAGUUGGCAGUGGAGGAAGCUCAACGGGUCAUGGAUGGGGAGUUUGCCAAACUGCUCGGCCAGGUUCGAAUCUAUCUACCGUCCUACCGAAGAGCGAGUGGUGCACGAACAUCCGAUCAUCUUGUACAUCCUACUGCACUCGCUCAUCUCCGGCGACGCAGCGGUUUUGUCAAUGAGCUAUUGCGGAACGACUCGCUCCUCGGAAUGUCCAACCGUUUCCCUGUGUACGACGCCUUGCUGGAUUGGCUUGAAGUCAUUUCGAGUCAUGAAUCGCUGGCGAGUAUGCUUGCCAUGCCUUGCAUGGUUCCUGUUCGAUCACAACCUGUCGCUACUGGGCCAGGAGAAGAACAACAGAUAGAAGUUGUAUACGAAGGUUCUCCCAGCCCACGAGAAUUGCUGGAAAACUGUGUCAUUCAAGCUCAGUCGGCACUGAAGGGAAUUGACUCGACAAAUCGACGGAUAGAACCUGCUGCUGAGGACGCAACGAAGGGAGCGGAAAGACAAGCCGAGAAAUUACCAUGGAAAGAUGACACUGGGCUCACUGAACUGAAAACGUUCUGUGAACGAAUAAUAUCAUCGGCCAAGAACAUCGACGCCUCUUUGGUCCAGACCAAGGGCUCAGCAUUCGUCGAGCGCAUGCGACAAUCACUGCCUAGACUACCGGAAUCAGGGGUGAAAGUAGAAGAGCUUGAAGCGGGGGACAACGAAAUUGAUGUCAUCAGAAUCUACGAGGAAUGGGCUGGGAGAGCAAGUUUUCAAUACUGCGAUUUGACACGGUCUCCAGCCGAGGCCGUCGGCGACGCAGACACCUCUGUCCAGUACGAUCAUCAUUACGACUCGUCUAUACGCUCCCUGAACAAUGUCACAGCCCCUAAACGAUCAUUAGCUAUCGCCAAGGAGCUCGCCAUACUUACGACAAAUAUCCCAGUUGCAUGGCAUUCAAGCAUUUUCCUGCGAGUUGACGAGGGGCGAGUGGACUGCAUCAAGGCCAUGAUCAUCGGACCGGAAGGAACUCCAUAUGAGAAUGGCUGUUUUCUGUUCGAUAUCUUUCUGCCUCUGGACUAUAAUUGGAAGUGCCCGAGUGUGCAUUAUAUGACGACAAACGGAGGGAAAUAUCGCUACAAUCCCAAUCUGUAUGCUGAUGGAAAAGUUUGUCUGAGUUUGCUGGGAACAUGGAACGGUCCUGGAUGGAUAGCUGGAAAGUCUACCCUUCUUCAAGUGCUCAUCAGUAUCCAAAGCUUGAUCUUUUGUGAGAAACCAUAUGACAACGAACCCGGCUGGGAGUCGAGCACGGACAACGCAGCAAGGGAAGCAUAUUCUGCCAACGUGCGACGCAUGGUGGUCAAAGACGCCAUGGCAAAUAAUCUACGCAAUCCUCCCGCGGCUUUCGAAAGCGAAAUCAAAACUCAUUUCCGACUGAAAGCUCGAAGCCUUCGUGCCCAACUGGACAAGUGA